AUGCACUCCCUGUGGACCCGCAAAACACGAACCUGGGGCUACGAAGUCAUUCGAGGGAUAGAUGAAGAUGAUCCCUGGCGCGUCAUUCGGGCUUUCAGGCGCCCGACUGGGCUGGCUUUCGUCGACCUAAACACUCAGGUGGAGAUUGACUAUGGAGGCUAUGCAUGGACCCAGUGGAUGCACCGACACUUUGGAGACACCGCCCUCCAUAUUGCUCUCAAGUGGAAACGGUAUCGAGCGGUCAAAGCGAUACUGUCGCUACGCCCGAACUGGACAAUCCCAAACGAGGCUGGCGUCACCGCAGAACAGCUCGUUCUCCGGCUGUACGGCAAGAGCAUGGCGAGAUUUAAGGACGAGCAGGAACGCGAGUACGAGAACGACGCGAUGCGAGCGGAAGAAGAAGCUAUGAGAAACCUCAUGGCCGCCGAACAAGCGGCGCGAGACAAGGCCCGCCUGGACUUCCUCGAAGCGCAACACGCCGCACGUACCAUCGGCAUCGACCACGAAGCAGCCAUCCUACUCGAGCACGGCCGAGUAGUUAUCACAGACGGGGGCAAGUCCAACGGGAACAACCACCGCCACCACCCACACGAUGCCGCAGACAACACCGACCCGAGCUCACAGAGCGACACCAGCCGCGCCGCCGAUUCCAGCGGCUGGGUGAAGCACGUCUGCCGAGAGCUGCGGCGAAAUCGCUUCGCCGCGCACCUGGGAGAGAUGCGUCGAAACGUCGUGCCGGCUCGCGCCCCUCCACGCGUCCCCGCCGCCGCUGGAGUCCCACCCCUUUCGCCGACGACAACGGCAGCAUCAGCAUCAGGCUAG